AUGUUGAUUGUAGUUCAGGAUGGAUUCCACACUGUAACUCCCAGCCCAUUCCAGCACCUAUGUGUGUGGCACUCUGUCCUUCCAAGUGAUGCCAAAGACCUUCUGAAGGCAUCUUACAAGGAAGGACUCCAGGCUUCUGAGGUGGUGGCUGUAGAUGAUCCAUGCCUCACAUCCAUACAUGUGCAGUUGUCAGAUGCUUCCCAAGUACUUGAAGGUUGGAAUGGUGGCCAGCUGCUGGCCUUCUACUGCAAAGGUUGUUGGGUGGUGGGGAAGGCCGGCACACAUCUGACAGAUGGGUUUUUGGGUGUUGAUGGAACGCACUCCCUUUGGUACUUUGUCACGUUUACUGCGGGCCCAAGCCCCUUUCCAGAGAUGGUGCUUCUGGGCAUGGUGGAUGAUAUUUUGGUGGAACAAUAUGACAGCGUUUCCAAGAAGAUGUCUCCACAGCAGGACUGGCAGAAGGAAGAGGACAGUGUGGCCUACGCAGAGAUGAAACGCAUUGGCAUCGCUGACAUCACUGACAGCCUCAAAGCCAGACUUCAAUACAUGAGAGAGCAUUUUAAUCACAGUGUUACACUCCACACAUACCAGAGAUUCGCUGGGUGUGAGCUGGAUGAUGACGGCACUGAGAGAUUCAAAGCACAGGACGCCUACAAUGGGAAGGAUGUGCUCUCUUUCGAUACACAGGCUGCCAUCUGGAGUACUCCUUUCCCAGAAAUGCAGAAGGACUCAUGGGCGGUGCAAACCUAUAAAGGCCUAAGUUAUCAUGUUUACCAAUCCUUGUGCGUACGCCUUUUGAAGAGCUUCCUUCAACAGGGAGGGAGUAUACUGAAACGACGAGUGAAACCCAAGAUUAGAGUUUUGCAGAAACAAGUUGGCAGUGCUGGUGCUGUAGAAGUAACCUGUCUGGCGAUGGGAUUCUACCCUCGA